GAUUGGUCUAAUACAGCACAAGCAAGAUGGCGAAAAGGUCGGACUGGGUUUACGAUCAGUUGCUUUGUUUUCUGGGCAACCCCUUUUUCCAGAUACCAGUGAUAACGUACAUGGAAGAAAACUGCCUGAUAUUUGAUAUGGCUGUUGACAUCUGUGAAGAGCACCACACCAUCCACAAACGAUACAAUAAGUUGGUGGAGAAGUUACUUGAAGGUUUCAUUAGAGAUUCUAAGCUGACACAUGACGAGCUCAUCAAAGCCUUGGCGGACAUGAAUGCUAGACCAGACCUUAGGGAGAUUUUUCAGGUAUUAUUUGAGCAGAUCCUUUGUACGGACCAGUUUGACCUGUUUGUACAACUGAUGAACCAGAAGAAUAUCGAGCUUCAGCAACAAGCCCUUCUUUUGAUCAUGAAGCGACAAGGAUCCCUUCCAAGUAGUCUACAAGAUGACACUGGUGAAACUCCGCCUCCUUCCCAGGAAAAUAUCCACUCCGAGGAGGAGGUCCUACGGAAGGUUCUCAUGGAGUCUGAGAAAUCAAAGGAUGCCCCACGAGGAAACACACCAUCAAGAACAUCCCCGGAGGAACCACCACAGGCGGUGAUAGCAUCUCUGAUGUUGACACCCACACAUGUCCAAGCAGAGGGCCUCAAGUUGGAGGAGGAAAGGACAAAAGGACAGGAGAAAAUAGUGGAGGCUAUGCAGAACGUAGCCAUUGACGACACCCCUAAAGCACCAGUUGCCGUAGCAGCAGCCAGUAAACCCUCAAAACCUCUGACAGACCUCAAAUCUGCACCUUCCAUAGCUAUUACACCAGCACCAAAACCAGCUCCAGUUAAACCAGCUGCAGUCAAACCAGCUGCAGCAACAGUACAGGCUAAACCUACUCCCAUCAAGCCUGCCCCACUGAGUGCUGCCACCCUGCCCAACAUUUCUGGACAGUCCAAGGUGACAGGAUCACAGGCAGCCGCCAUGUGGAUGCAGGAGGCCCAGAAUGAGGCCACGUCGGGGAAACCUUCAGCAGCGGUUACUGCUGCAGCUGCGGAGUUGUCCAAGCUGGAUGCCAACACAGCUGAAACAGAGACAGGACUACCUGAAGCAGCAGAGAGACAAACUUCUGUCCAUGAAGAAAGCUGAGAGGGAGAAGCAGCUAUUGUCUGCCGAGCAGACUCAGCAAGCACGCCCAACGUCGGCAAGAGUGGCACGUGCUGCACUUAAAAGUCAGAAAGAGGAGAUAGCUUCAAGCAAAACCAUGAG